GAAAGUGGAGGGCGAGGUUGUGCAAUGUCAGGACAGCCGAGUAUAAAUACAGCAGCCGGCUCCGCUUGGUGACACUCUCCACUCUCUCUCUCUCUGGGACUCUGCAAGGUUCUGGUCAAGUCCAUCUACAUAUCUCAGCCAAGACUCCCAAGCUACCCGAGCCGACCAAAAAAAUGCCGACAUACAAGCUGACGUACUUCAACUUGAAGGGACGCGCGGAGCUGUCCCGCUACAUCUUCGCGUACGGGGACAUCAAGUACGAAGACCAGCGCGUGGACCAAGCCGAGUGGGCCAAAAUCAAGCCCACCCUGCCCUUCAAGCAGGUGCCCGUGCUAGAGGUGGACGGCAAGAUCCUCAGCCAGAGUUUUGCCAUCGCUCGUUUCCUGGCCCGGGAGGCAGGGGUCGCCGGCAAGACGAGUCUGGAGCAGGCCCAGGCUGACAUGUUGGUGGACACCAUCUUCGAACCCGUCGUGCUCGUCCCCUGGCGUGAACAGGACGAGGCUGUCAAGAAGGAGAAAAUUGAGAAACUGUUCAAAGACACCGUGCCUGGGUGGCUGGCCAACCUCGAAGCGUACCUGGGCGACAACACCUGGUUUGUUGGAGAUUCGGUGACCUGGGCCGACUUCCAGUGGCACAUCGCCAGCGUGGUGCUGGACACGUUGAAGCCCGGCUUCCUGAAGGGGUACAGCAAGCUCGAGGCCCUGCGAGACCGCGUGGGCGCCCUGCCCAAAAUCGCGGCCUACCUGAAGGCUCGUCCCGUAACCCCCAUGUGAGAAUGCUCCUUUUUUUGAAAACGAACAAGAAUAUAAAAAAACGCCACUACAACAAACCCACGCGGACUUCCAUCGUAAAAUUUACCUCAUUUCGUCCUGACCACCUGCCGUUCAGUGCAGCAGGUCCACCUGAUACGUUUUGACGGAUAUUUGUUCUCCUACUCUGCAUCACGAGCCAGGCCACAUGCGCACACAAAUGGCCCUCAACUUGUAGCCAGUGUCAAUUUGUUAAAUCUGGUCGCACCACAGAUGCAUGAACAACCUCCCAGAUUCUAAUAUGAAUCCUCAACUUUUGCUUCUACAGGGAAGGGGGUGGGGGAUGAAGUGACAAUCUGGUUUGCUGGAAAGAAAAUGUGUGCAUUCUGUAACAAAGCGAAAUGCUCAAUAGUUGGCCAUAAUAUGUUUAGUGACCUUUUUUUGAGCAAUUCACAUUUGCCACACCACUUAGGACAAAGCCAACUGAAAUGCAGCGUCGGAUUAGUGCACGAGUGGGGUUUGCAACCUGAAAGGCUUGUGUGUUUAGGGAGAAGGCUCUAAAAAAGUCAUGAUAUGGGUAUGGUUUGUGAUGGUGUGGUUGUAAAAUGACCAAUUGGUGAAGCUGGUGUUUUGGCAUCUGUUAAACAUUCUUUUUCAUAUGCAGCUGAUUAUGCUGUAAUUUGUGUUCAGUGACUUGAAUAAAAAUUAUUUGAAUACA